AUGUUGCGAUUAUCCUUUCCUCUACAAGAAUCGAUACGCCAUGCGUCAAACGCGGUGAAACGAGUUGGACCAAAUGUCGUUUUGGUGGAUGCCGUGCGAACACCGUUUUGCCUUGCCGGAACGGCGUACAAAGAUCUCAUGGCCGUGGACUUACAAAAGGAGGCUUUGCGAGCUCUUGUACGACGCACGCAAAUUCCAUACGAGAAGAUCGAUCACGUAAUUUGUGGAACUGUCAUUCAAGAGCCCCGGACCAGCAACAUCGCACGUGAAGCAGCGCUCUUGGCCGGGUUCCCAGAUAAGAUCCCGUGCAACACAGUGACACUAGCAUGUAUCUCUUCGAAUGUUGCGGUCACUGAUGCUAUUGGCAUGUUGAAGUCUGGUUAUGCUAAUGCGGUCGUUGCCGGAGGUGUAGAAUUUAUGUCAGAUGUUCCGAUUCGCUAUAAUCGCAAAGCUAGAAAGGCCAUGCUUGGAAUGCAAAAAGCGAAAGCAGCUGGCGAGAAGCUGAAAAUUUUUGGUGAAAUUGCAAAGAACCUCCUUUCUCCAGAAUUGCCCGCUAUUGCCGAAUUUUCAUCAGGAGAAACCAUGGGACAUUCGGCUGAUCGUUUGGCUGCAGCAUUUAAUGUUUCGCGCAAGGAACAAGACGAUUUUGCUUUGCGUUCUCACACCUUGGCUCAAAAAGCGGCUAGCGGCGGAAAAUUAACUGAUAUUGAGCCCGUUUUCUUGGAGGGAAAGAAGCCAAAGACGGUUAAAGCGGACAAUGGAAUUCGUGUUUCUACACCAGAAAAACUCACUAGUCUCAAGCCGGCAUUUGUGAAGCCUCAUGGAACAAUCACAGCCGCUAAUGCAUCUUUCUUGACUGAUGGGGCUUCUGCUUGUCUUGUGAUGACAGAGGAGUUCGCUUUGGCAAAUGGCUACAAACCUAAAGCCUACUUGCGAGAAUACCAAUUUGUGUCGCAGGAUCCAAAGGAUCAACUUCUUCUCUCUCCCGCCUACGCCAUUCCUCGUCUACUUGAUAAAGCUGGCCUCAAUGUAAAAGAUGUAUCGGUUUUUGAGAUACACGAGGCGUUUGCCGGACAAGUACUUGCGAACUUGAAUGCUCUUGAUAGCGAGCAUUUCUGCCAGAAAUGGAUGAAGAGAUCACGUGUUGGUCGCCUUGAUAUGGACAAGCUCAACAAAUGGGGUGGAUCACUUUCUAUUGGUCAUCCAUUUGGUGCCACUGGCGUACGCCUUCUUGCCCACACUGCUGCUCGUCUUAAGGAAGAAGGUGGACAGUACGGAGUGAUUGCUGCUUGUGCUGCUGGAGGGCACGGCGUCGGAAUGCUCGUCGAAGCGUACGGAAAA